AUGAGAUUCAAUGAAUGCUUGCAAAUAAAUGAAUAGUAAUAUUUAUAAACUUUUUAAAUAGUACUAAUUGCAACAAAGGCCAAAACUUAAUGACAAUUGAUUACUGGUAGGCGGAUAACAAUUAAUCAUUUUUUUUGCAUCAUGUCAUAAUUCAGUCAUAUUUGAUAGAAUACGUUAUAAAAAUCUAUUUCAAGUUAUAUAUCUAUAAGAUAAUAUCCAAAUUUCUGAUAGGGUAUAAUAAUUUCAAUAUUACUCUUUUUUCUUUUUAUCAUCCUCCUUCGAAGCAUUAUUAAUCAAGCUAUUUGGUUUAAACUUUUCAAUUUAUUCAUCUAUUUCAGGUUACCUAACAUAUAUUUUUUGGUAUUUAACACUUGGAUAUUGACAAGAGUAGUCUUAGAAGGAGGAUGGAUAAUUAAAUUAAUAAAUAAAAGAAUUUAAUUGCAGAAUAUUUUCAUGAUCAUUUAGCCAAAAUAAUAAAAUUUCAAUUUAAGUGUGAAAUGAAGUAGAAUGGAGAAAGAACCGUUGAAAGGAUAAAUUGGAGGAGUGUUAAAAAUUCUAUUGUAUGGAGAUUAUUAGAAUAUAUAAAAUUUAAAACGGAUUUAUAAGUGAAUAAUUAAUAAUAAAGGGGAAAAUAGCGAAGAUGAGACAGGUGUUAUUCAUACUGAUUUUAGCAUCUAUAUGUUUUGCCCAAUCCCAACUGAGAGGUCGCCAAUAAAUUGGUAUAGCUGCAAUUGAUAUGUGUAGAGAAAUAGGAUGUUAGCUUAGAGGAUUAUUCAUUCAUGCAAUUUCACUACCACACACCUCCAAUGGAUGUCAUGAUGAUGAAUCACGAACUCGAGAUACAGAGAAUGAUGGGAGUCCCUGGAGUUGUGAUGAUGAAUUAUGUUAUAGAGGAAUCUCCGUACAAUCCAAUAUCAUGGUGA